AGUGUCAUGGCAGCCUACGCAGCUGAUGAAACGUGGCUGUAAUGUUUUGAUGCGAACAAUGUGCAUUUAAGGCGAAGAUAUACACACUAAAGCAGGUAUCCUGUGUGUGGGGCAGUGUAUGGGGCAGUCAUGGAGGAGGUGGCGCUGCAAGGGCUGGACCCCCAGGUCAACGAUCCCGCAGCUAGGGCUCUCACGUUGCAGUAUUUUGAGCAGCUGAAAGCCUCAGAAGAUGGCUGGAGACUUUGUGCUGCUUCUCUCACCUCCGGGAGAUAUCACAGCAACGAUCACAUUCAGUUCUUUUGUUAUCAAGUUAUUGAACAUUUCCUGAAAACAAGCUAUGUCAGCGCCAGCCCUGUUGUUCAACGAGAGUGCAAGACCUUCCUGAUGACUGUGCUACAGUUACAGAGCCAAGACACCACAAAGAAUAAAACCUUUCUGCGUAACAAGGUUGCCCAGGUUCUGUCCUUGGCGUUUGUCUGUGACUAUCCUCAGCGCUGGCCGAGCUUCUUCCAGGAUUUACUUCAGUUGCUGAGCAUGGGGCCUCUGGCUGUGGAUAUGUACCUGAAGGUUCUGGUUGCAAUCGACAGUGAGGUGGUUGACAGAGAUAUUGUCCACACACAGCAGGAGACAGAGAGGAACACCAUGAUUAAGGACACCAUGAGGGUAGACUGUGUGGCACAGCUGGUGGAUUCCUGGUACCAGAUCAUUACAGGUUAUGAGUCGUCCAACCCAGAGACUGUAUGUCUGUGCCUAGAUAUAAUAGGGAAAUACGUAUCAUGGAUUGACAUUAACAUGAUAGCCAACAACAAGUUUGUGGAGGUGCUAAUUCGUUUCAUGCGCAUGAACCUCCUGCGAGAGAGUGCGUGCGACUGUAUUCACGAGAUCAUCAGUAAGGGCAUGGACCCAGUAGCCAAGACGAAGUUGAUAGAGUCCUUUACUAAUGUGCUGGAUAGUGCUGGUGUGAUACACCCCACAGAGGACGAGGAAGGAGAUUUUGUGGCCAAGUUGUCCAAGCUGGUUAAUGGGAUGGGUCUGCAGCUCAUACAGGCCUGGCAAAAGUUGGUCAAGGCGGGGGAUAGUGCCAGUUCUAAUGUCACUAUGCAAGCUUUUGAACAUAAGGUGCCAUUAAUGUUCCGUUUCCUUGGUGACGAGGACGAUGAUGUGUCCGGGGCCAUAAUAACAUUUGCACACGACUACAUCUCCGUGUUGAAACAAGUGAAGACUUUGUCAGAAAAACAGAGACAGAAUAUUGAGGGACUGCUGUUUGUUGUUGUGAAGAAAUUGAAAUAUGAUGAAUCAUACAACUUUGAUCAAGAGGGAGAGGAAGAAGCAAUGUUUCAAGAAUACAGAAAACAGUUAAAAACCAUCUUCAAUAAUCUUGCUCAACUGGAUAACCAGCUGAUAGUGGCGGCAGUUCACAGUUUGGUAGCCAGCACUCUUCAGAACUGGAGGAACAUGGAGCACCAGGAAGUGGAGGUCGCCAUCUAUCUGUUGUAUAUUUUAGGAGAAACUAUCCCUCCCACUCAGGGACCGCAAUUCAGAGAUGCUAGUCAGUCCAAAACUACGGCGCUCCAAGAAAUGAUGAGACUGCUUGUCACCUGUGGUGUAAGUCACACCCCCCAUACAGCUGUCACCCUGCAGAUGUUUGAAACCAUCGUCAGAUAUGAGAAAUUCUUCCUGUCUGAGCCACGGCAUAUCCCUGCGAUACUGACUGCAUUUUUGGAUGAGAGAGGUCUGCACAACAAGUCCAAGUCUGUCAGGAGCAGAGUAUCCUAUCUAUUUUCUAGAUUCAUCAAGGGAAUUAGGGCACAUGUCCAGAGCUAUGAGAAUGUCCAGGAGAUCCUGACCCGGAUAGCUGAUCUGCUGGUCCUGAACACUCCAGACAAUGGUCUGCAAAUUUCCUUGACCAGUGUGGACAAGCUGUUCAUGUAUGAGACGGCCGGGACAGUGAUAGUCUCGGGUUAUUUCCCACCAGAGAAAAAGGCAGAGUUGAUGAAGGCCCUUCUAGCCCCCAUCGUCAGCAAGUUUGACAGUAUUUACUCCAAAAUGUGUGCAGAGACGGAUGAAACAAAACAGUUUGGCUUUGCCCAGUCUCUAAGCCAUGCUAUGAAUUUUGCAAGUCGUGCCAGUAAAGCCUUUUCCAACCAGCAAACAAUGCGGCAGUGCAGCUGUGUUGAACCAUUCACAGAGACACUGCAGAUCUUCCUGCAUGUGCUGAACACCCCGUGCCAUCGCCAGCUGCUCCAGACAGGUGUGCGCCAGUACCUGCAUCGCAUGGUGGUCUGUCUGGAGAGUGAAAUUCUCCCCUAUGUCCCCCUGGCAAUGGAACAGCUGUUGAAGGACGCGGAGGCCAAAGAGUUGUACGACUUUCUGCCUCUCAUGAAUCAAGUGAUAUCCAAGUUCAAGAAAGAAAUUGUCCCCUUUCUCCAACAAAUCUUCAUGCCUGUGGUGACCACUAUCUUCCAAGCUCUCAACAAACCCUCGGACCAGUUGGAUCAGAUAGCAGCCGCAGAGAAGAAAUUACUGCACAAAGGAUACUUUGGUUUCAUCAGUACUAUUCUUAACCAAGAUGUAGCAGAAAUAUUAACUCUACAAGAGAGCCACAAUUUAUACAAUAUAUUGGUCACAGUGGUACAAGGUGCUGUGGACUUUCCUGAUCCUUCUGCACAAAAGUUGUGUUUUCAGAUUUUAAAGAAGACAAUAGAACUUUGGGGUGACCCUGGAAGCUUGUCGGGUUUUGAAGAUUUUAUUUACAAAAAUGUUGUCCCAGCUUGUUUUAUGGCUCCCAUGAAGAGCACAUUUGACCUGAAGGAUGCACAGACUGUAUUGGCUUUAGGGGAAAGUGGAUUGGUGCUUAAGACUGUUUUGGAAAAAAGGGGUGAUGAGUUUGUUGUUUUCCUGCAAACCAAAUAUCUCCCAGAGGUCAAUAUGACUCCAGAAAAUAUUCAGGAAUACACAGAAGCUUUGAAGUCAGACCCAAAAAUAUUCAAAUCAUAUUUAAAGGCAUUCUUUGCAAGGUUUAAAUCCUGACCGAGGCAGGGACAUCUCUUCAUACAACCAUCAUACAUUGUAUAUAGACCAUUGAUAAUCAUAUCAUCGUGCCACAAACCUGGUUCCAAGAUACGUGUUUAGGAACUCUAGGGACCUUUAAGUCAGUAGGAUUAUGUUACAUUCUGAUAGAACCAUCAGUGUGACCAUGGAGAUGCCAUUGGCCACAUCGAGUUUUGUUUACUUGGAUUG